UCGCUCUUACCACAUUCCGGUGGAGGUGGGAAAUAACUACAAUGUAUGAAAUUAAUAGUUUUGUAGAUCAUCACAAUUUACCCAUGAUACAUUGCGGUUUUGUGCCUCUCGAACACGGCCAGCUGAUCACAAGUAAUCAUCAAACAACUUCUGGAUACUAACUACAGUGAUGCUAUCAGCUGAAACUUGAAUUUAACUUGGCAACUUGACAGAAUAGGUGGCUUUCUACCUAGAUAUCUCUACCCACGACAACGAGGAUUUGUUUGAUGAACGCAAGGAGGCAAGGGGGACGGCUAGAUAGAUCACCCCACUCUAUCUCCUGAUCUGUGGAAACAAUGGCUAGCGCUGCACCUCCACCAGCCGCUGUCUCGACCGCCACUGAGAACCCCAACAGCUCGACUGCUGGGGAGGGUGGCAAUCAGGACAGCACCUUCGAAUGUAACAUCUGCCUGGACACUUCCAAGGAUGCGGUGAUCAGUCUGUGUGGGCAUCUCUUUUGUUGGCCGUGUUUACAUCAGUGGUUGGAGACCAGACCUAACAGACAGGUGUGUCCAGUGUGCAAGGCAGGCAUCAGUCAAGACAAAGUCAUCCCACUAUAUGGCAGGGGAAGCACAGGCCAGCAGGACCCACGGGAGCGAACGCCUCCUCGACCACAAGGACAGAGGCCAGAGCCUGAAAAUCGUGGUGGAUUUCAGGGGUUCGGUUUUGGAGAUGGAGGAUUCCAGAUGUCUUUUGGCAUUGGUGCCUUUCCAUUUGGAAUUUUCGCUACAGCUUUUAACAUCAACGAUGGAAGACCACCCCCAGGUACUUUAGCUCUGCAGGUUGAGCAUUGUAACAAUGUUUCAUCAAAAAUGUAUUGUGAAUGGCCCCCUCUACCUAGAAAAGAAGUUGUUCACUCUCCACUGGUUACCCCACACAGCUGCCCCUGGGACCCCCCAGCACAUGGAUGAACAGUUCCUGUCUCAACUCUUUCUAUUUGUGGCUCUGGUGAUCAUGUUUUGGCUACUAAUCGCAUAAAUGUAUGGGCAGCCAGGACCAAGGCUCAAGUUGGACAGUUCUUAAUACUCUGUUUUCAGAUACUUGUUUGAUUUUGUCCUCUUGACUUGGCUAGCUAUUGGUUUAAUUUCAGUAAUUGAGAUUACAAACUGUGUGAUUACAUCUGUACUAUGAGUCCUACAGAAGUCUGAAAUAGUCUUAAAAUGGUCCUACCUCUUCAUUUCUAUCAAGGUUAUGUUUUUUUAAUAGACAUUAAGUGUACAUGGCUGGCAAUAUAGAACCAGAUAUUAAAAGAAAGAUGGCAAAUCAGUGAAUGUAAGGUACCAGAUAUACCCUCUGUGUUUGUAUGGAUAUAGAUUAGGAGUGGUAUGUCCUGUUUCUGAACUGAAUUUAUCAAUUCAGGAAGAGAUGUAUCAUUGGUGAUAACCUCCCGAGUGGCGCAGUGGUCUAAGGCACUGCAUCGCAGUGCUAGCUGUGGCACUAGAGAUCCUGGUUCG